AAAUUCAAUCGACGGAACCACUCCCCGCGUCGACAUAGGAACACCUCGACUGGACGACGGAACAAGGUCGGGAGACCUGCACUGGUCACACUGAAACUGGGAAAUGGCGGAGGAAAAGGCGGAAGAGGAGGAGCAGGAGCAGGAGCAGGAGCGGGAGCGGGAGCAGGAAGAGGAGCGGCGAGAAAUGCUCAGAGCAGAACCCUCGUCGCCCCGAGCUGCUGGGCCGCCCAGCGUCGCGCCCCCCCCCCACCCGCCACGCGCAGCCCAGGGCACGCCUGCGGCAGGGCCGCGUCACGACGGCCUGCGUGCUGGCCUCUGGCGGGACGCAGCGGGACAGCCUGCCGGGAAGCCGGGAGCACGCCGACUCCCUCGCGGGUGGCCCACCAGCUGCUGGAGAACCCCCGUUUCGCGCGGCGCAAAGUGGGACCAGCCGCUCUGCGGUCCGCCGCUGGCCCGUGUGUUAGGGCGGGAGAGCAGGGUGGGCGGGAGGCAAAAGCGCAUCCCACCCGUCGUUGUCCCUGAACUGUGCGCCACCCCUUGGAGGCGCACGUCCGCCCGGAACAUCCGGGAACAGCAAGUCACAGCAGACCGCGAAUUGAACCCGAGCGGUAUGGCCAGAGAGCGCCAACCGUCGAGAUGGCACCGCACGGCGCGCGCCACGGCCCUGCGGUGCCACUAUAACGCGGCGCCGUGGGCCAGAAGCACGUCGACGGGCGGCGCCGCAGGCAAGCAGCAGGUAGCCCAGACUCUCUCGGGGCCCCCCAGACGGGGCCAGAAUGCAUCGCAUGUCUGUGAAUCGCCGAUGCUAGAGGAACAAAAACCGCUUCGGAUUGGCCACAGAACAUCACAAUGCGGAUCACGCCGCGUCGCCGACGCAUCGUCGGCGGUGCGGCGCGCGUCCUGCGGCCCCGCCUACUCCGCCCCCAUCUGGGAGGCCUGGGCUCUCGGACAAGCGUGAGACGCGUGCGCUCGCGGCUGCCGCGGGGCACAAAUUCGGGGGGCGCGCGCGCGCGCCACGCGCGGGGUCGCAGGGGCCGAGGAGGGGGCAGAGGAGGAGGAGGAGGAGGAGAGGGGGGGACAGAGAGGAACCCUGCCCGGUGAGAACGCGGUGAAAAGGGCGGGCGGCACGGGACUCAUGCCUUGGAACUUCCCUCUAAUUCAGUCUGGCUCUUUGUCAAAAAUCCUGCCGCGGUCCUAAAAACAUGCUCGGUCAUCGUGGUAACCU